AUGCCUCCUCCUCCACCAAGGAAGCCCGAGACGGGCGCUGCAAAUAAGGAAGAGAAUAUCUACAUCCCUUCCUUCAUCAGCAAGAAGCCAUUCUAUGCCGGCGAUGACGAUGACGAUGGGGCCGAUUACCUGAAGCAUCAACGUCGCGAGGAAAAGAAGGAAUCGACGAAAUGGUACGACCGCGGUCGAAAGGCAGGCCCAGCCGCAACGAAAUAUCGCAAAGGCGCCUGUGAGAACUGCGGCGCCAUGACACACAAAGCCAAAGAUUGCCUAAGUAGGCCACGCGCGAAGGGCGCAAAGUGGACUGGCAAGGAUAUCCAAGCCGACGAGGUCCUACAGAAUGUCAACCUCGGGUGGGACGCGAAGCGAGAUCGUUGGAACGGCUACGACGCUAAGGAAUAUAAACAUGUGGUGGAGGAAUAUAACGAAAUGGAGAAACUGAGAAAAAUGGCACAAAAAGGCGCCGGUGUCGACGAUGAGGACGACGAGGGCGACAAGUACGCGGAGGAGAAUGACAUGAGCAAGCAUCAAAGCACAGCUACACGACAGCUGCGUAUACGAGAAGACACAGCCAAGUAUCUACUGAAUCUGGAUCUCGAGUCUGCCAAAUAUGACCCUAAAACGCGAUCCCUGGUCGACGGCGGCGCGACCGCCGACAAAGCUGCAGAUUUGUUUGCCGAAGAAGGAUUCAUGAGGUCCUCGGGGGAUGCAGGCGAAUUCGAGAAGGCUCAGCGACUUGCAUGGGAGGCACAGGAGAAGACUGGAGAUACGUCUUUGCACAUGCAAGCCAACCCAACUGCCGGAGCCUUUCUCCGAAAGAAGGAGGCCGAGGAGGAUGAAAUGAAGCGAACGGAGAGAGAGAAGCAGCUUCAAGAUAAGUACGGUGGCGGAGAGCAAAAAGCCUUGCCAAGCUCUAUACGGAAUAUGAUGAUUACAGAAUCCGAAAACUUUGUCGAAUACGACGAGGCUGGGUUGAUCAAGGGUGCACCAAGGCAGAAGGCUUUAUCCAAGUACAAGGAGGACGUCUUGAUCAACAAUCACACUUCAAUAUGGGGCAGCUGGUGGUCCAAUUUCAAAUGGGGUUACGCUUGCUGUCACUCUUUCAUUAAGAACAGUUACUGCACAGGAGAAGACGGCAAGUCGGCUUGGGAAGCUGCAGAAUUACAGCGGACAGGCGCCAAUCUCGGCAAUGGCGACGCAGAAGAGACAGCGACGGAGGACAAGCAGCCAGACGACAAGCCUCAAGAGGAUGAAAAAACCAAGAAGAGAAGCAGGGAAGAGAUGAUGAACGGUGUCACAGAGGAAGAAAUGGAGGAAUACCGCCGGAAGAGAACCGUGGCAGCCGACCCUAUGGCGAAGUUCCUGGGCAAGGACGAGCUGCUGUAG